AUGCCUGGUGGUGAAACACAAGUCUACAAGAGUGGCAGGAGACCUGGGCCUGUAAUACCCAACCCACAAGAUCUAGAACUACGAAGAGAGCUCGAGCAAGAAGACUCCCUCGCCCACCGCCAAGAUCUCCGUGAGCAUCGACAUCUCGACCGCAGACAGCAAAGAGAACGCCUUGAUGAACUCGUUCCCCGCGCCGAAGCCGGUAGCAAAGACCGCAUUCUGGAGAAGAAGCGCGAGAAAGCGGACUCGAACCGUGCUUUUGCUUCCGCUAAGAUGGAAGCUGGAGGCGUGGAAGAAGUGCCUGAGUCAGAUUUGCUGGGGGAUGAAGAUGGGGGACCCGAGGGGUUCAAGAAGCAGAAAAAAGAGAUGGAUAGGAAGAAGAACGAGAGGGAGGUGCGGAGAGAGGAGAUCUUGAGGGCUAGGAUGGUGGAGUUGGAAGAGAGAAGGAGGGAAUAUCGGGCUAAAGAGGAGAAGACGAUGAGCGGGCUGGUUGCAUUGGCGAAGGCAAGAUUUGGAUGA